GGCCGAGCACACAGUUCAGCACGUGCAGCGCAUGGUAGCGAUUCACAUGUUACCCCUCGCUGUACUGAGGACUUUGAAAGGUAAACGGAAUCUAAAACGAGGGAAAGGAGGAAACAGUACUGAGACGUUGCGAGCAGAGGACUCUACAACUAUAGCGCGCCAUCAACAUCAGUGUUGGUCAUUGGUGUUUGAAUAAGAUCUUCUUACAAUUGCAAUUGGAGAUGAGACGUUGCGAAUAGAGGACUCUACAACUAUAGCGCGCCAUCAACAUCCGUGUUGAUCAUUGGUUUUUGAAUAAGAUCUUCUUGCAAUUGAGAAGGAAUACCGGUUGUUCAACUAGUUAUCAAUUUUACUGUUUUAUUGAAUUGUCUUCGCAUCGACUUCAUCCUAAAAGGGAUGCAUUUGUUGAGCAUGUCCACCAAAUGGCCGACCUAUGAUUCCCGCUCCUCCACACCCAGCUUCCUCCUCAGCGAGAGCGACGUGACUGAGGAUGAGGCAGACAUUGAUGUCUUCACCUCCGAAAGUGAGGGAGAUAGCUCAGGGGGUGGCAAGACCUGCUCAGUACCUAGGUUACACUGGUCCAUGGCUGGGAGUGGACAAGCAAAAUGCUUUCCUCACACCACCGCCUACCCAUCCACGAUGGCUUCCCCUGGCAGUGCUGCGUUAAGCACAAAGGGAAGCACAGAGGAGACCAUGCAAGGAGACCUGGCCUUCGCUCAGAAAUGUUCAGAGCUGCAAAGGUUUAUCAGACCCCUGUUGGAGCUUCUGAAUGGACUCAAGACAGGGAGAUUUGAGAGAGGUCUUAGCAGUUUCCAGUCGAGCGUUGCCAUCGAUAGACUCCAGAGGAUCCUGGGUAUUCUUCAGAAACCUGAAAUGGGAGAGAAAUUCCUCCACACCCUUCUUCAGGUAGAGAUGAUGCUGAAGAUGUGGUUCCCCCAUGUGACCCCUGUCGCUGCCACCCAGAACCCCACACCUAGUCUUCCGCCACGAUGGCACCAAAAUCAGCUGUGCAUGCCAGUCAAGAAGCGCAAGCUUAGCUGGUUGGACUCUGACUUCCCAAAUGCCGCCCCACCCAGCUGCAAGCGCCUGCAGCGCGAGGACAACUACCAGGAAAUGACCUCACAAGACUCUUGCCCAUUGAGCACAGACACCUAUUACCCAUCAUGUCUGACUGUCAGCAAGAGAAGAAAGGGAAAUAAGAGGCUUGACAUUUCACCUUGCUCAGCAUGUAGUAGCCAAGCCACACAAGACAGCCGUGUCUCCUCCACCCUCCUGGUCUUUCACUCACAUCAGCUCUCCCUCCAUGGACAUCAGCCACAGAGGUACCACAGCAGGCCUGGAACAGUGAAGACAGAGACAGAUACUGCAUCAGUGGAAACCCAAAAGAGGGGUCAGUCUAUCCCCAUAUUACUGAGGUCUAUGAAACAAGAGCCGGAGUAGUGGAUAUAAAACUGAACUCGGAAGUCAUUGCACCGUUUGACCAUCUUUUGUCAGCGUUGGAGAGUUAUAUAAAAAAAAAUGAAAUGUACCUGGGAAUAUUUUUUUAUGUUUCAUGUGAUAAAGCAGUGGUUUAAUUUUUCAUUUUUUUAUUUAUUUUUUUAUACUGGUUUGAAACAAGAUCAUUUUGUAUUUCUGAAUUAUCAACAAAAAUACAAUCACAUGAAAUACACUAUGCAGAAAUAUAAAAGAAAGUAACAUAGGUUAAAAGAGCUAACAUAAACUCAGUUAGUUAUGAUAAAGUUAUCAAUAGUAGUGAAGCAUAAAACAUUGACAAUACAAUUACAAGACCUGUUAAUCCUUUAGCGGAUCCAGCACAGGGAACAGUGAAAUGGGCAGCUGAUACAAGUGGCACUAUGCUUUCUAACUUCAAUGAUUUAUUUGAUAGAAUACAUUUAUCAUGCUUUAUUUUUUUGUCAGUUUUCUAUGGUGUGCCAAAACUAUUUUGCACAUGAGUAUUUUACAUUUGAUAACAAAGGAAAUUGUACCUUAUAAAUGUUACUAUUGUGACGACGCAAAACAUAAAUAAUUUUGAAUCUUCUAGGAGUGUUUCUAUUGUAUUGGGAGAAAAUACAUAAAAACCUUUCAUUAGGUCAUUGGGUAUUUGAACCACAAUGUUUUUGCUUAGCAAUUAUCAUUCAUGUUGAAUGACUCUAUCCCUGGCCACUUUCAGAGAGUCUCUUGAGCUGUAACUACCUAGAUGGGGUUAGGGGGAAACCAAGAAUAGCUGGAUACUGAUUUGAUCUACAGACUUAUGAGAUUUAUGUUUUAAACGACAAUAGUUAAGCCUAAUACAAGACAACUGAAACAUCAUGAUCAAAAUCAAAUCAACAUUUUAUGAAUGUGUGUGGGUUUUGGAUGGGUGUCAAUGUUGUGUAUGUGUGAGUUAGUGUUUGUAUGUAUAGUCUAGUGAGUGUGCGUAGGGUCAGUGCAGAUAGACCUCACGAGUGUCAUUAAUUGACUAUUUAGCAGUCUUAAGGCUUGGGGGUGAUUUACCAUACUGGUAGUAUAUGUUAUUGUUCUUUAUCAUGCCAAGGAAAAGCCCAGGUAGAGGACAACCGAGAGAUCACUGCAGCAGUAAAUAUAGGUAACUGUGUUGAGGCAAUGCACAACCCUUCCUAAAAACUGUUCAAACAGCCCUUUGGGGAGUUGUUUAUUUUUAUAUUUCCUGUGAGGAAAUAUUGUAAUUUCAUGUCAUGUUUUUGGUGUAUGUAGGGCCUAUGUUUUGCACAUUUUCUCUGUUUAUCAAAAGAGGACAAAUGUUUGAGGUAAGAAGGAUAUUUUGCUGUUUAAUGUUGUCUUCCUUUAUUCAAUCCAUUUCCUUUGCCUCCUCUUCCCAACUUUUACUCAACACCCUCCAUCACAUUUUUGGGUUGGGCAUAAUAUAAUAGUGUUUUGGUCAUACACCAUGUACUUGUGCUUAAUAUUUUAUAUAUAAUUGUUUCAGACCUAAAUUGUUUUUGAUAAAUUGUACCCUUUUUGCUAAAAUAAAGUAAUGUUUUUGUUAAUCAGA